AUGACCGACCCCAAGUACCAAGAGAUCCCCGCGUCGGGCUUGCCACGGGCCAAGGAAGGCAACGUGGAAGCCAUCAUCAUCGCCGGCGACAUGGGCGAAAAGGCCAAUUCGCGAAUGUCCCCAUCACUCCACCACAACGCCUUCGUGUACGUGAUCUCUGGCUCGGGUCGGAUCGGCGGCGAGUCUGUGGAGGCCCACUCGGUGGUCCAGAAAGUACAUGCAUCAAGCUCCAGUGCUCAACGAACGGAGCUCGAGAACGGCCAAGGUGGAAACACAACCUGUUGA